CGCAGCUGAGUAGCUGGCAACACAAGGAUGGAUGUCUCCCCGAGUGCUGGGAAUCCAACCGAGGAUGAAGGUCCGGACAUGGAAUGGUUCACCCUCUUCCGAGUGGGUCUUCCGACGCACUUGAGCCUCGCGGAGGCCCGACGAUGCCGGACGGUUUGCUCUUUUUGGAGAAGGUUGUCUUUGGCGGGUCGAGAUGCCUGUGAUGAACUGCGCGAUGGAUUGCCAGGAGGUCUCUCGCAGCCCAUCAUGGAGGCGCUAUGGGCCGAAGACUUGGGUGAAGCUCACAGAGGGCAAGCUUGGAAGGAGUUGCUCCUUGGGGGCAUAACGCUCCAACAGCGUGCCGGCACACCUCAGGACGAUUAUGCAAAGCUUUGUGACCAGACGUCCUCAUUUGACUCUGCUAUCAGGCGUGAUGUCCAUCGCACGCUUCCCCAAGAAGAGCUCUUCCGGGAGCGACAGGGCAAAGGCCAACUUGCCCUUUUCAGGCUACUGCGGGCAUUGGCCAUUCGCUUGGAGGAUGUGGGUUACUGCCAAAGCCUGAACUUCAUUGUGGCAACGCUGAUAGGGGUUUUUCCAGACGACGAAGCAGUGGUUUUCAACUGCUCGCUGGCAUUGCUUCUCCGGCAUUCACUCGUGGACCUGUACCGCCCAAACUUUCCAAAGCUUGGUGUCAUCAUUUGGCAAUUCGAUCGCAUUGUCGAGGGCUUCCUGCCAAAGGUUCACAACGCCUUAGCCAUACAUGGAGUCAAUUCAGAGUACUAUGCAAUCCAAUGGUUCUUGUCCCUUUACGCGAGCGAUCUCCCUCAGAAAGUUGUGCGGCGGAUUUGGGAUAGAUUCCUGGUGGCUGGAUGGAGGAUCAUCGUGCAGGUGGGCCUGGCCCUCUUGUACGACAUCCAGGAUGAGUUGGCCCAUAUAGACACGUGUGUGGCCCUAAGCUUCUUGAAGAAGUUCGCACAGACUCGCACUUAUGAGCCGGAACAGCUGCUAAGAACAGCAUCAUCAUUCAAAGUAUCGCACCGGCUGUUGUCUGCACUGGAGGCAGCCUACAACUGGGAGGAAGAUGCUCAGCUAACAGUCGUCAAGGACCUGAACACCAAACAAGUGCACUGGGCAGUUCAGGCGAUCCCUCGAGCGCCUCCAACACCUGUCCCAAACACAGGCGAGGAGCCUGCCGUGCCCAUUCCCCGAGCGUUUUGCCGAGGAGGAAGCGGGGCAGCUUUCCAGGGCGACAUAGGCCCAGCAGAGGAGCGCAAUGAAGGCAACGUUCUGCCGUUCUUGGUCAGGAACCUGGACACUGGUGAAACGGGUAUUCUCAAGAAAGCCUUUGUCCAGUACAAGAAUGAGAUCCACAGCCACUGCACUGCAAAUUGGCCCAUAAUGGGCCAUGAACCUCCAUGCUAGAUGCAUCCAAGCCUUCACUGGAAACACAUGGGCAUGGGAGCUACUAGAUGUGGAGACAUGCAGAAUCAGUUGCGAUAUGCUGCAAGGACAAGCUCAAGCCAGGGCAGGUCCAGUGGUUCGCAAAUCAUCCGAAUCUGGCUACUUCUGAGUGGCUUCUGUCUACAGACGCUGGAGACAUUCUUGUGCAGAUGAGCGUGUGUAGAGCUUCAUGUUUGAUUGACGAAUCUGCGGAGAGCUGGUUUUAACAUGUUUUAACGCCAGCCCUUUGCAUCCUCAGUUGCCCUGCAAAAGCAAAACAAUCCAGUCUCACUUCCAGGGGAAUCCUGAAAUUGUAUAUAGCAUUCAGUGUAGCUCUGAGUUCAGCAUCCAAAGAGAGGACUCCAAAUAUCAAAUAUCAGAAGAUGCCACUGGCAAGAAAGCAAGCGCGGCGCAGUGUGCAAUGUCUUCUCGUUUUGCCACCCAGUCGCGUACCCUUUAUCUGAAGUUGAGGAGGGGUCCGAAGAAAUCUCGUUGCGUGCUGCAGAACUUUCACAAGUACACGCCACGCUUGAGGCC